GGCUUUUCCAGGGCCUCCCUCCCUCCCUCCCUCUCUGUCUCUCUCUCACUAAAAACCAAGCUACCCUUUCUCAAAAACCCAUUUUUCUUGUAUAAAAACACUCUCAUUCAGCCACACCUCUCAAAAGGCAAAGCAAAGCUAACAAGUAGAAAUAAAAAAGAAACCUUUCUCCUUUCUCAUCACUUGUUACUAUUUAAUCAUCAUCUACUAAUGAACCAAAAGUGAACCAUAUAUUUUUACUCACCACACAUACGUCUCUCUCUAUCGUUACCUUUAAAGCUGGUUCGUGUGGAAAUGGGUAUAAGGUUUUUGAAUCUGCAAAUCAUCCCGUGGUGUUUUCAUUUGAUGGGCAAUCCUAUAUCAUGCUUGCAAAUCCAGUCUGAGCCACCGGCGGGUACAAUCAAGCUUAUAAGAUCGGACGGGCUAGUGAAGAUCUAUGACAGACCAAUCUAUGUUUCUGAGCUGAUGGUAGAGUUUCCUAAACACUUGGUUUGCCAUUCAGAUUCAUUCUAUAUAGGCCAAAAGAUCCCAGCUCUUUCUGAGAAUGACCUGCUUCAAUUAGGCCACAAGUACUUUCUUCUACCUAAACAUUGCUUCCAAUCUGUGUUGUCUUUUGUCACUAUAGCUUCCUUCGCCAGCUCCUCGCUACAGCCUCAGCCAUCAUCUUCAAGAAAUGCGUUUCUAAAAAAGGCAGCCACUUGCCAACCUUUUGAUAUUCAAAAAUCUCCAAAUGGGUGUUUGAGGAUACGUGUAUCAGAUGAGUUUUUAUCACAAUUAAUGGAGGAAGGUAAAGUCAAGGAGAGUGAAGAAGAUGAGAGCUCAAGAAAUUGUAGACCAACAAGCAGAGUUUGCACUACUCCUCAGUUAGAGAAAGAUUAUUCGCAGCUUGUUGGGUCACGCCAAUGGAAACCGAAGUUGGAGUCAAUAAGGGAGAACGAAAAGAGGAAGCUCUCUUCUUCCUUUGGAAUGAAGAGAAGUAAGAAAUCUCAGUCUAAAGUGACACAAAAGAGUACUCAAGAACAACACCUUCACCCAACACCUACCAAUCAUAGCAAGUCUUCUCUAAAAGCCAAGAUCAAUAUUAAACCAAGAAAGUGAUCAUGAAUUUGUUUCUCGUCUCUUGUUUUCUGGGGUUCUUAUCACCCUUGCUGUACUGUGUAAAAUUAGUGAUACUUAGUUAGAUCAUACAAAAGAACUGAAUGAAAAGGGUUUCAAUUUUCCA